UGUAAACUGUAAACAAUUCGAACGCGCGCGGAGGAAGCCUCGGGAAAAAUGCGACUGACAUGGUUCGAAGGGAGAUACGCGCUUUGCCUGCUAAUCCUGCAGAUAAGACUGACGAAUUCACGGACAUCCUGGCGACUGAAUGCCGCUGACAAGGUCGUGAAAACGACCGACUUCGUAAUCGCGAUCGAAGACGACCCGAUCUUCGACAUUCUCUCGGGCAGCGUGGUAACCGGCAACGGCCAGACCUGGAGUAGGACCGCGACGCCCGAGAAACACGAGAACGUGCAGCUGUACUGUCAAGAAUGCAAAGGUUUCGUCAGCCAAGAGAGUGGGCUUCCGUCGUACGUGUUGAAGGAUAAGCAAAAUAUCAGCGAGUCCUUCCUGUUGUCCUCACAAGUGUCAAACGAACAGACGUGCGGCUCUGGUCAGCAAUGUGACAACAUAAUAUUGGACUGUGGCAAGCCAGUGAAUUUUACUUACUAUGAUAAUCUGAUCGGCGUGACCAACAGAGACAAGCAUCCAUUGAUACCAGAACCUAAUGUAGCACUCAUGUUCAAGAAGAAUGGAGACAAAACUGUUGACAUUGAUUUGCUCGAAAGACGCUUAAAGAAAGCAAAACAAGAGAAACCAAAAUCUGUCCAGUUGUAUAAUCAGAUAGGAAACUUCUGGCGUAUAAAGGGUGAUGCACAAAGAUCGAUUGAGUGCUUCCGUAGAGCACUCGCUGUAUCGCCACAUAACGCAGAAGUACUCUUAAAUUUGGCUAGAGUAUUGUUGGUACAACAUUACUUAGAUGAUGCAACGUAUUUAGCCAGACGAUCUUUAGAAUUGCAACCUCCAGAUCGCAAUGCGUGGGAGCAAUAUCUUACACUUGGUCAAAUAUUUAAGGCAUAUGGACAUUUUCAAGAAGCAGCUGUACACUUGCGUCACGCACUGGAGUUAAAACCGGAUCUCUCCGAUGCUGCCGCUGCAUUAAAAGAAGUCGAGUCAUUGCCACUCGCAAGUAUGCAUGUGUAUACGUUGCUGAUCAUCGUUGGUUUGGUGCUAGGUGUACUCGUCGUUGUGUUAACCAAUGCAGAAUAUGAUGAAGCUCCAACUCAUUGGGCAACUUCAGUCACUGGACAACUUCAACGCCCAGUACAACGACAUUUCAGCCGUGCUAUGGCUAUGCGCAGCUUGCGGCUUAAUGUUACACGCAGUAAACGUUGUUAAUGAUGGUGAUAAUGACUUAUUAUUGACAAAUCAGUCGUUCGUACAUGUGAUGGAAUAACUUCUCAUGCCAUAACGACUUAUCUUCCUAUAAAGUAUUAUUUAGAACAUGACGCAAUAAUUCUUGGGAUGCACUAAUUGUUUAUUAUAUAUCUC